GUUUAACAUCCGGUGGGCGCGCGCGCGUGAGUGCGUGAAUGUGUGCGGAGGAAGAUGGCGGCGCUGAUCUUCCCGUCUGACUGGCUCAAAAACUGGGAAAAAUCCGGCAAAAAUGAGUUUUUCCAAUUUUGUCAGGACAUUGCAGGGAAACCCAGUGUACAAGAGUUUGUUAAAGAUCUCCAGACAGCUUUGUAUGAGCUCUGCUGGCAUGUGAUCCAGGGCAAUCUGAAGGUGGAUCUGGCUGCCAGUCUCCUGGCUGAUGUUAUGGAUCUGCGGGAUGAUCUGCCGUCUAUUUUAGCUGAUGUUUUCAGUAUAUUAGAUAUUGAGACGGGCUGUCUGGAGGAGAAACAUAAGCGCGAUCACUUUACCCAGCUGGUGGGAGCGUGUCUGUUCUGUAUUCCUGAUAGCGUGUUGAAGGAGAGGUUGGAUCCAGAAACACUGGAGUCUCUGGGUUUGAUCAAACAGGCACAGCAGUUUAACCAGAAGAUUGUCAAAAUUAAGACCAAACUAUUUUACAAACAGCAGAAGUUUAAUUUGUUGCGGGAGGAGAAUGAAGGUUACGCUAAGCUGAUCACUGAACUGGGUCAGGAUCUUUCCACCAAUCUUACCAGUCUUCUUGUCCUUGAGAACAUCAAGUCUUUAAUAGGAUGUUUUAAUCUGGACCCGAACCGUGUGCUAGACAUCAUCUUAGAAGUGUACGAGUGUCGCUCUGACCAAGAUGAGUUCUUCAUCCCCCUCAUCAAAUCCUACAUGUGUGAACAUCAGACCCUCUGCCACAUGCUUGGAUUCAAGUUCAAGUUCCAUCAGGAACCCAAUGGAGAAACACCAUGUUCUCUGUACCACAUCGCUGCGGCUCUUCUUCAACACAACCUCAUCUCUCUUGAAGAUCUCUAUGUUCAUCUCCUCCCAGUGGACUCCAGCAUUGUGGAAGAGGCCAAGAGAGAGAUCCUCGAGGCCAAACAGAUCGCACGCAAACUCACCAUGGUGGUUGUCCCUUCUGAAAAGAUAGAUGACAAGGAGAAAGAGAAAGAAAAGGAGGAUGAGAAGAACGAGAAGCCUCCUGAUAAUCAGAAACUGGGGCUGCUGGAGGCUCUGCUGCGGAUCGGCGACUGGCAGCAUGCUCAGAGCGUCAUGGAUCAGAUGCCAGCUUUCUACGCCACCUCCCACAAGACCAUCGCCAUCGCUCUGUGCCAGCUGCUGCACUACAGCGUGGAGCCGCUGUACCGCAGGGCUGGGGUUCCCAAAGGUGCCAAAGGCAGUUUGAUGAGACCUCUGUGGAACAAACAGGCACUGCGGCCGGCUGAGACCUUCCAAGACUUAUCCAGAGACGUGUUCUCCAUGCUGUGCUACCUGGGUCCUCAUCUGUCCCAUGACCCCAUACUGUUUGCCAAGAUCGUUCGACUGGGCAAGAGUUUCAUGAAAGAGUACCAAAGUGAAAGCAGUCAGGACACCAAGGACAAAAUGGACUCUCUGCUCAGCUGUUUCCUAAGUAUUGCUGAUCAGGUGUUGUUGCCGUCUCUGUCGCUCAUGGAGUGCAAUGCCUGCAUGUCAGAGGAGAUCUGGGGCUUCUUCAAACUCUUCCCCUAUAACUACAGGUAUCGGCUGUAUGGACAGUGGAAGAAUGAGACUUACGGCAGUCAUCCGCUCCUGGUGAAGAUCAAGGCUCAGACGGUGGACAGAGCAAAAUACAUUAUGAAGCGACUGACUAAGGAGAACGUGAAGCCCUCGGGCAGGCAGAUCGGGAAGUUAAGCCACAGUAACCCCACUAUUCUCUUUGAUUAUAUUCUGUCUCAGAUUCAGUGGUACGACAACCUGAUAACUCCAGUGGUGGACUCUCUGAAAUACCUCACGUCACUCAACUACGACGUGCUGGCCUAUUGCAUUAUUGAAGCUUUAGCCAAUCCAGAAAAAGAGAAGAUGAAGCACGAUGACACCACGAUUUCCUCAUGGCUCCAGAGUCUUGCUUGUCUUUGUGGAGCUGUGUUCCGGAAAUAUCCCAUUGAGUUAGCUGGUCUUCUGCAAUACGUCACCAACCAGCUGAAAGCCGGCAAGAGUUUUGACCUGCUGAUCCUGAAGGAGGUGGUACAGAAGAUGGCGGGCAUUGAGAUCACAGAUGAGAUGACUGUGGAGCAGCUGGAGGCUAUGACAGGAGGAGAACAGCUCAAAGCUGAGGGAGGUUACUUCGGGCAGAUCAGGAACACCAAGAAGUCUUCACAGCGUCUGAAGGAUGCUCUUCUGGAUCAUGAGCUGGCUCUGCCUCUCUGUCUGCUGAUGGCCCAGCAGAGGAACGGUGUGGUCUUCUCAGAGGGUGGAGAGAAACACCUCAAACUCGUGGGCAAACUCUACGAUCAGUGUCACGACACACUUGUGCAGUUUGGUGGCUUCCUGGCAUCUAACCUCAGUACAGAAGACUACAUCAAGAGAGUGCCGUCAGUCGAUGUGCUCUGUAACCAGUUCCACACGCCACAUGACGCCGCCUUCUUUCUCUCUAGACCCAUGUAUGCCCAUCAGAUUCUGUCCAAGUAUGACGAAUUGAAGAAGGCAGAGAAGGGCAACCGUCAGCAGCAGAAGGUGCACAAGUACAUCGCCGCGUGUGAGCAGGUCAUGACCCCCGUGCACGAGAAUGUGGUGUCCCUGCACUUGCCCAAAGUCUGGGAUGAUCUUCGACCUCAGUUCUACGCCACCUUCUGGUCCCUCACCAUGUACGACCUGGCCGUACCUAACAACGCCUACGACCGGGAGGUCAACAAGCUCAAGAUGCAGAUCAAGGCCAUUGAUGAGAACACCGAGAUGCCCCUGAACAAGAAGAAGAAAGAGAAGGAACGCUGCACAGCGCUGCAGGACAAGCUUCAAGAGGAGGAGAAGAAACAGCUGGAACACGUGCAAAGGGUUCUUCAGCGACUCAAACUGGAGAAAGACAACUGGUUACUGGCCAAAUCCACAAAGAAUGAAACCAUCACAAAGUUUCUUCAGCUGUGCAUCUUUCCUCGCUGCGUCUUCUCAGCCAUCGACGCGGUUUACUGCGCUCGCUUCGUAGAGCUGGUGCAUCAACAGAAGACGCCCAACUUCUGCACGCUGCUCUGCUAUGACAGGGUGUUCUCUGACAUCAUCUACACGGUAGCGAGCUGCACGGAGAACGAGUCGCGUCGCUACGGCCGCUUCCUGUGCUGUAUGCUAGAGACGGUGACCCGAUGGCACAGCGACAGGGCCAUCUAUGAGAAGGAGUGUGGCAAUUAUCCGGGCUUCCUGACUAUUUUCCGAGCCAGUGGAUUCGACGGAGGGAAUAAAGCAGAUCAGCUGGACUAUGAGAAUUUCCGACAUGUUGUUCAUAAAUGGCAUUACAAAUUGACUAAAGCAUCAGUUCACUGUCUGGAGACGGGCGAGUACACUCACAUUCGCAACAUCUUGAUCGUGCUCACCAAGAUUCUGCAGUGGUACCCUAAGGUGCUGAACCUGGGCCAGGCUUUGGAGUGCCGCGUCCACAAGAUCUGCCAGGAGGAGAAAGAGAAGAGGCCUGAUCUCUAUGCUUUAGCUAUGGGCUACUCCGGCCAAUUGAAAGGCAGGAAAGUGCACAUGGUGCCGGAGAAUGAGUUCCAUCACAAGGAGCAGCCAGUGCGCAGCGCCACGCCUGGCACCGUACAGAACGGACCGGGCAAGACCGCCGCCAGCGCUGGCAAAACAGAGGAGGGAGCCGCCGACGACUCGGAGAAAUCCAAGGAGAAAUCUCAGGCGGUUCAGAAAACUGCCAGCAAAACCAGCAGUGCAGCAAACAAAGUGAACAACAGCAACGGAAGCAGCACACCAAACAGCACUAAAGGAAACAAAGAGAAAGAGGACAAAGAGAAGACUGCGAAGGAGAAAAAAGAGAAGAAAGAGAAGAACCCAGCAAACACUCCAGAGGCCAAAGCAGGAGUGAAGGACAAACCAAAGGAGGAGAAAGUCAUUGACGGCAAGGAGAAGGCGCCCAAGGCUGAUAAAGACAAGAGGAAGGAGGACAAGAAAGAAGAGAAGAGCAAGAACGACGGGAAAUCCGCUGAGAAAGAGCGUGACGUGUCCAACGACAGCAAGACAAAGGAAAGCGUGAAGGUGGAGAAGAGCGCUGCGGCUGGACCUUUGAAGUCUCCCGUGCCCAGAUCUGAAGGGCUCGAGUCUGAACGGGAGCAAAAAAGACGAAAGGUUGACACGCACUCGUCACCGUCGCACUCCUCUGCAGUUAAGGACAAUCUCAACGACCUCAAGGAUUCAGCUCCAAAGCAUCACCCUAACCACAGCACAGCCCUGUCCAAGAGCAAAGAGAAGGACGAGGAGAAGAAAGACUCUGACAAAUCCAGGGACCGCUCCAAAGAGAGAGAGAAGAAGGAGGAGAGAAAGGACAGAAAACGAGACUACUCCAACAGCGACCGUGAGAUGAGUCAGGAAGCAAAGCGCCGCAAAGACGAGAACGGAAUGAACUCCUCCAAACACAGCAAGAGCGCCAGCCCCUCUGAAUCACCACACUCCAACGACAGCGGCAAACGCUCCAAAUCCACCAGCAAGGACAAGAGCGAUGUGACCAAACCAGAGAAGACCUCCGGAGGAAAAAAGGAAUCCAGGCAUGACAAAGAGAAAUCUGAAAAGAAGAGAGACAGCACCGGCGCUAAAGAAGACAAGAAACACCAUAAAUCAUCAGAGAAGCACAGAUAAUGUCUGCUGUCACUCGAGCAGUGUUCCCCGCUGUGAGCCGCUGCAGGAUUCAUCAUUUCGUCUUCAUCUUUUCCUUCCGUCACCGUCUGGAAAGAAGAUUCCUUUGCCUGCAUCCAAACUUCUGUUGUUUUGCCUAGAAACGUUGUAGCUUGUAUUUUAAUCUGCCAUUUUUAUUGUGAUAUUUUCAGUACUUGACUGAAAGUUUGUUUCCUUUAAAUAUUUAGCACAAUGUGCUGCUUGCAUCACAAACAGAUUCAGGUGGAAUUGGUGUGUCGCUCUCAAAUGCUUGUGUUUUUAUGACCUCAUUCUAUCUUCCUGUUCCCUCGUGGGGGUUUUUCUGUUGGGUUUUUUUUAAGUGAGAAGAAAAUGACGUCUUUGCCUCGAUUCAGAGUGGUUUCAGGAUACUACUAUUCCUUCUUUUUAAUUCACAUGUGAUAUUUAGGCUAGGUGUUUGAAGCAGUACACAUGCUCUAUUUGUAUAUUAUGUAUACAGAAAUAAUAAAAUGGUUCCAUGUAAUAAGACUUUUCCUGUUACUUUUGAUUUCCCAUGUACGCAUCCUUCUUUUCUUUGUCUUCAAUCACGUUUUUAAAAGAUUUGUAUAAAGAAUUUCAAGCUGGAUUUCUCCCUAAAUAAAUGGACUCGAGGCAAAACAAAUGAUGACUUUCCAAACUACUUCAUGAUGUUUUUAUCUGGCAAAGUUGACAGUGUAUGCUUUUUCUAAAUAAACUAGUUUUCUUAGUCUA